CGCGUUUCUUCUUUCGGUCCUGUCCUGCUUCCUACAACAGAGAAUGGUUGCAGACUUAAUUUUACUGCGAUUUAUUUGAGCGUGAAGUGUAUAAAAUGUGUUCAACUUUGUGGGAGAAGGCUGAGAAAGCACUGGAAAGCAUUCCAAAUCCAAAAGACCAACUCUUUUCUUUUGCUGAAAAGGUGACCACUAUUGAUGAGAAGAUUUCCGAAUACCUGGUUCCACAGGUGGAGGAGGUGUCAGACGCAGCAAGGAGUUUCUUUCAGAGGAUUAGGGCGACGGAAGACGAAAAGUGGGCGGAGGAAGCUGAAGAGAAAGUGAAUUUGACUGCAAAAGCCGUGUCUGAGCUGAACAGCUGCACUCAGAAAGUCAAAGAACUGCUGGACACCUUUAAGUCAAAGACAAACAUGAAUUGGACCAGACCACAAACAAGCUCAACCUGGCGAACAAAGUACACGAAGACAGACAAUCCUCCUCCAGACCAAAGCGAACCCAAAGAAGCGUGGUACGAUUGGCUGACCAGGCGGCUGACCCACAUCCUGGAGUUCCUGAAAGAGGAGAUCAUGCCGCCGAUGAUGGUGUACACGGCCCUUCCAGCCAGUUUGGUCGUGAUCGUGGUCACCCUGUGUCCCCCGCUGGCCCACGCCGCCCCCGGGGUCAUGGGCGCCUUCUGUGCGGCAGUGUUGAGCGUUUUCUCCCUGAACAAAGUGCUUCCGGCUCUGAUUGAGAUGCUGAAAAACGCGCAAAGCGGCGGAGGCAGCUCCGUCAGCAGGUCCAGCAUCGACAGGAUCAAAGACUUCAUGUCUUCAUUACAGCAAGACGGAGACGGUAAUUGAAACUCUCUCAUUUAAUUAGAGGCAGCGCGCGCAAAAGUGACUUACAAAGUGAAAAUGCCGCAUUCAAGGAGUCGCUUUUUGUGUCUCUCUGUGUAAGCGAGUUUCUCAGGCCGGAAUAUUUUAUGCUCGAGUAUAAAUAAAGAAAAAAGGAUCCCGCCAUUCCUGGGAUGAA